ACCCACAAACCCAAAAGCUACCCUCUUUUUCUCUUUAUAAUUUGCUCAUCGCCCUUUAAUAAUUCUCUCAAACAAACACACCAUGACUGUUCUUCAACCUUGUUCUGAUUCUUCCAACUCCUUUAACCUAGUUUGUCUUUGCUUUCUUCUUUUUCCUAUAGUUCUUGUCUCUGGUGAGUGUUCUUGUGAAGUUGAAGCCUUCGAAGAAUAUAGCGGUGAAGCACUUAAGUAUAAACUAGCUGCAAUUGCUACUAUUCUCGUUGCUGGUGCUCUUGGUGUGAGUCUUCCAUUGUUGAGCAAGAAAGUUCCAUCUUUAAGGCCAGAGAAGGAUAUUUUCUUCAUGGUUAAAGCCUUCGCAGCCGGAGUUAUUUUAGCAACUGGGUUCAUUCACAUCCUUCCUGAAGCAUUUGACAGGUUAACUUCGCCUUGUCUUGGUGAAAAUCCAUGGGGGAAGUUUCCCUUCACAGGCUUUGUUGCCAUGAUGUCCUCCAUAGGAACAUUAAUGGUUGAUUCGUUCGCGACAGGGUACUAUAAGCGGCAGCAUUUCAAUAAGAAUAAGCUGGUGGGUGUUGAUCAUGAUGAAGAGAGAGCCGAUGAACAUGCAGGUCAUGUUCAUGUUCAUACACAUGCUACACAUGGCCACGCUCAUGGCGGCUCUGUAGACCAUUCAUCUCAUGAUUUGGCUCUCCUUGAGCUCAUCCGCCAACGCGUUGUUUCACAAGUAUUGGAGUUGGGAAUUGUAGUACAUUCAGUGAUUAUUGGCAUAUCUUUGGGUGCUUCUGGGAACCCAGACACAAUCAAACCUCUUCUAGCAGCCUUGUCAUUUCACCAAUUUUUUGAAGGCAUGGGACUUGGCGGCUGCAUCUCUCAGGCAGAGUUCAAGUCAAGAUCUAUGGCAAUAAUGGCAACAUUUUUCUCCCUUACAACCCCAGUUGGGAUUGCAAUUGGCAUUGGAAUUUCAAGUUUUUACAAUGAGAACAGCCCAACAGCUCUGGUUGUACAGGGGACUUUUAAUUCAGCCUCAGCUGGGAUUUUGAUUUAUAUGGCACUUGUUGAUUUGCUUGCUGCAGAUUUUAUGAGUCCAAUAUUGCAAAGUAAUGUUAGGCUACAGUUAGGUGCUAAUCUUUCUCUUCUUCUUGGAGCUGGUUGCAUGUCUAUAUUGGCCAAAUGGGCAUAAAUUUUGAGCAUAUUUCUAGAUUACUUCCUUAUAAAAAUGUCCUCCUUUUUUGUCUGUUAUUUACUCCUUGAAGCAAUGCCAGAA